UCAUGCUGCUGGCCAAGUCCAGAGUCUCUCAUGGGUCCCUUGUACGGCCUCCCAUUGCUGCUGUCUCCAAUCGCCACACUCUGCCACUGUGCCACUUUCAGGUCUCCUCACACACUGCUGGUGUGUUCAAUUUUUUGACAUAGGGUGCUGGCAGAUUACGGGCCUCCCAUAGCUGCUGCCAGGCCCCUAAUCUGCCAUGGGCCCCUAUACCGCCUCCUCAUGCUGCUGCAAGUCCAGAGUCUCUCAUGGGUCCCUGUACGGCCUCCCAUUGCUGCUGUCUCCAUCGCCACACUCUGCCAUGUGCCACUUUCAGGUCUCCUCACACUCCUGCUGGUUUCCAUUUUGUCAUAGGUUGCUGUAUGGCCUCCCAUUGCUGCUGCCUCCACCGCACACUGUGGCUCCCACACUGUGCUCCAAACACUGGUUUUUGGCCCCGUGACUGGCCAAAUGAGUGAAGUGUGCAGUGAUUUCUAAGAUCGACGGCACUCAUCUGCAUGUCAUACUGAGUGACAGUAUUAUUAUUUCUCUUCCCCAGCAGACUCAAGGCAUUUAAAUUAAAGGUACAGUGUUCUGCACUAAUAUUA